AUGCGGAAAGGCGUCGUCUCCCAGUCCACCGCUGUUCGAUUGUGCUUUCGGACCGGUACAUUGCAACCCAGGCGGCCCAAUAUCCGUGCAUAUGCUCAACAGUUCGGCCCUAGCACGGAACCCACAAACAACAUACCGGGAGCGGACCCAGGCGAUGAUGAACCUCGAAAGAAAUCGCGUUCGAAGCCCGAGACCGAGCCCGAGCGAGAGAGCCGGUUCGGGACGACCGCAUACAAAGCAUUUGAAUCAGCUUUCACGACCUUCGCGUCAAUAGCUGUCCUCGGCUUAGCGGGCUAUUCCUACCACAUUUACUACAAAUCUCUAGUCCUUCGCAAGAUAGAGAAGGCUUUCGCGCCGGGAGACCCUAUGCUUGAACUGGCUGCUCCACCGGGACCUCAUGUGCCGCCUCAAGACCAAUCUGGAGACGACGACGAGCAGUGGGUGGCGCGACCUGAGCAGGCGAAGAUCAAUGCCAUCAUCAGUGGAGAGUCUAAGGGCAGAUACUAUCUCCUCGUAGGUGAGAAGGGAACUGGGAAAUCGUCUAUGAUCCUCGAAGCCAUGAAAGAGCAUAACGGAGAGGGUGUUUCCAUGUUCGAGGCACACGCUGAUCCCGAGAUCUUCCGCAUCCGCCUUGGUAGGGCUCUCAACUACGAGUUUCACGAAGACUACAUCGGCUCCCUAUUCUCGAUACGAGGGCCACGCGACACGACGGCUCUUCUGGACAUCGAACGCGCGUUCAACAAGCUUGAAAAAAUCGCCUUGAAGAACAGGAAUCAACGCAGCAAAACCGGUCGCAAAGGUCCACUCGUGGUCAUCGUUAACUGCGCACAUCUCAUUCGAGAUGACGAGGACGGGAAUGAUCUGAUCGAACUGAUGCAGCAGCGCGCAGAGCAAUGGGCAGCUGCAAAUCUCGUCACCAUGAUCUUCAACUCGGACGACUACUGGGUCUAUGAGCGGUUUAAACGCUAUGCUACGCGAAUGGAGGUCAUCCCUAUUCUGGACUUGCCAAAGUCCCUUGCUAUUCCGGCGCUCGAGAGGUAUCGAGCCAAGUACUUUCCACGUGAAGAGCACAAGCCCGAGAUAUUCAAGCAAGUGUACGACUUGGUUGGUGGAAGAUUGAACUUCCUCAGCCGCGUCGCUAAAAGCUCGGACAUGCUCAGAAUGUGUCAUCAGAUCAAGGAAUAUGAAAAGACCUGGUUCCUGAACAAAUGCGGCAUCCUCGGCGAGGAAAUGGACGACGAUGUGAUGGACCAGCAGAAAUUUGCAAGCGCGGCCAUGGUGCUAGCCAGAGCUCUUGUCCAGAAAGAUAAGGAGUUGGAGACGAAUUAUGACGAAGACCAAGGCCACAUUCUACCACAAAUCCCGCUUUACAUUGCUCGGCAAAUCAUGACUCGGGCUGAUUUUAUUCAGAGCUACGACCACGAGAACAUCUUCACGAUCGACAGUAGUGCAAACGUCCGUGCGGACAGCGUGCCGAUGAUGAAUGCUUUCAAGGAAAUAUGCUCCGAAGAAGGAUUUGACGACUAUUUGGAAGCGACGCUAGAUCGGAUCUCAGCCAUUGAAAGCAUCAACAGAACAAAGGAACUCACUUUCAAAGACCUAUGGAUUGAACAGAAGGGAGAGCAAAAGGGCAAGUACACCUUCACCACAAAGGAUGCUCGAGGACGAGAGACCGGCUCGGUCGAGAUGCGAGUUGUUCCGGACAAUCUACCCGACGAAAAUGACUGA